AUGGCUACAAGAUGGCUGGCGGUCUUGUUGUUGGCGGUGGCAGGGGCGGCGUUGGAUGACGUCUUGUUGAUGGACGACGCAAACUUAGACGCUGCACACCAGGGUGCAGCGAACCUUAUGAAUUUGCCGGUGGUUCCCAAGGCGCUUGUUACGCCCUUCACCACCUCCUUCAUCACCUCCUACCUGCUGAUCAUCGUCAGCGAGAUUGGCGACAAGACCUUUUUCAUUGCGGCGAUUCUGUCUAUGAAGCGUGGCGGCCGUGUGACGUUUGCAGGCGCGGCGUCGGCCUUGGCGUUGAUGACAGUGUUGUCUGCAUCGGCAGGUCGUGUGCUACCAGCGUUGGUGGACCCUCGUUUUACGCACUACGCUAGUGUGGCUCUGUUUGCGUGUUUCGCUGUCAAGUUGUUAUGGGAGGGUUACAACAUGGUUUCGGGUGAGGUGAGUGGAGAGUUAAAAGAAGUGGAGUUGGCGUUGGCUGACCGUCAGGCGCUGGCUGACCGUCAGCCAGAGCAGGAUGCUGAUGAGUUGGCAGAUUCUAUGGAGAAGGGGCUGGCGGAUGUUAUGGAUGAGACCCCUGGCCCUCUUGUUGCGUCCACGACCUUAUUAGGGCCAUCCGUAAAUCACGAUGGCGAGGACUUGGCUGGAAGUCGUCCCGGUAGUGCCCGCCCCGGCGUCAUCGAAGCUGCAGCCUCGAAGCUCACUUCCGUUGCCAGCCCCACGGUACGAAAAAAGGCUCGUGAAGUGUUCCGCCAUGCAUUCUUCAGUGCUGCAUUCACCGAAGCUUUCACCAUGACCUUCGCAGCCGAGUGGGGUGACCGCUCACAGGUCGCAACACUCGCACUUGGCGCCACCAAAAACAUCUGGGGCGUGAACCUAGGCGGGGUUUGUGGUCAUCUCUCGUGCACAGGACUAGCCGUCCUUUCAGGUGCCAUGAUCGGAAAAAGACUUAGUGAAAAAUCUAUUACUAUCACAGGCGGAAUUACCUUCCUUGCCUUCGCAGUAGCAGGCCUCUUCCUCGAAUUCUAA